UCGAUCAGCCCAGUGAAGGGCCUCCCCAGGUUUCGGGAAUUGCUCUCUGUCGGGUUUAAAAGCCAGGGGAUCCACGUUCGGUCCCCAAGGACCCCCUGAGAGCCAUUACUUUAACAGUACCUGAGACAGUCGAGGACGCGUGUGUCCCUUUCCAUGUGGCUGACAUCUUGAGACCGGACAUCAACCGAGCAGAAGGGCGGUUGGUUGGAUAUACAGUUCACAUGCCAUGCUGGGUACUCCUAACCCGGAUGAUCGGGAAGAGUCUACUGGAAGCGAACCUAUCUGUCCUGCUCCGCACCGUUGAGAGUCACUGGAGGGCGAAUCGCAGCCACUGGCUGACGCUCGGUACUAUAUAUGGGUAUGAGGAGCACACCAGUGGCGUAUUGCCGUGGGUACAAAGACCCCCAAUGACUCCUUUUGAGGCGGAUGAGGAAGACCACGGCUGGAGAUGCCUUGAGACCGUAACCAAUCCGGUGGUGGUUCCUGAGAUUCACGCGGUGAUCGAGAAGGCGAGGCGCAACCAGCCGAGGAACUGCUGUCGACGGCGUGGGCAGCAUAUUGCGGCUCAAGUUCCCAUCGAGGUCGUCAUAAUGAUCGUAGACGCUAUCUAUAAGAAUCCGGGAUAUGGUGCGGGUGGCAUCACCGACACCCGCCAUUUGCUUGCCGCCUUUGCAUGGCAUCUACCCGAUUGGUACUGGCAGGCGCGUUGUCAUCCAUGGCUAGUCCUUGAGAUCCAUGACCUGAUGCGAGGAGACCAGGUUGUUGACCCCAGGAGCUGUGUUUUGGGGUGGAGGAGCUCUUUUGCAAUCAUCACUGGUACUAUCACAGUGGCUUGAGGAAUCGGGCUCGGAUCGUGCGGUGGAUUCAGCGGAUUCGGGACGGAUUCAUAUCACGGCUUAAGGUCACCGAUGAGAGGAAAGAUUCGGGAAGGAGAGAUCUGUAAGAGCGACUAGAUUAACU